AAAUCUCAGGUUACUUUGCUAAAGAGUUCUCAGCCUUAUAGUUUCUGCCCUUGUCUCUGCCUCCAGCUCCUUAAGAGCCACCCAACCCCAGCGAUUGGAUUGGGCAGCCCGUCUUGACACACCACUGUGCUGAGUGCUUGAGGACGUGUUUCAACAGAUGGUUGGGGUUAGUGUGUGUCAUCACACUCGAGUGGGGAUUAGGGGAGAGAGGCAGCCUUGCUGGAGCUGUGUGGUCUUCCCCAAGUGUGAGCUGCAAGCAAAAGAAGAAAUACCUAGGUCUGGGGGAGAAACGGGAAGAAUCGUUUCCAGCAGCUCAGAGGGAAAAAUAAAACCGCACACUUUGUUCAGUUCUUCACAGUAACUGUCACAUACCUCUGGUGCUUAUGAAUUAUUGGCCUCCUACUUGUGAAAGAAAUCUAACACUAUCCUCACCACUUACAGGUUUUGCCCAUAAUAAAUUCACUGAGCAAGACAUAUGGACUUCUCCCCAAUGCUAUGAAAAUUAACCAAGGCACAUUGACUUCAGGAAAUUUUCAAAGGACAGAGAAAGAAGCUGUAACAAGCAGUUCUGGAGACUUUGAAGCACAGUACUGAGGUCUCUGACUGACAAGCCUUCUGCUUUCUCCUUCUCCCAGGGCUCCUCCUACAGAUGUUCUGAACACGUCUGCAUCCCGGCAAUUUUUUACUGCACCCAGGUCUUGAAAACUAGAGUUCAGAAACUUGUGGAUCAGUCUUUUCAUUGAAAUACUGGAACUACUAUGAAGCCUUCUUGGUUUGCACUCAUGUUGGCAGUGCUCAGUACUGAAAUGCUAACAAGUCACUCUUCCACCAUCAAGUCCCCGAGGUUCAGAGGACGUGUGCAGCAGGAGCGAAAAAAUAUCAGACCAAAUAUCAUCCUUGUACUCACAGAUGAUCAAGAUGUGGAGCUAGGGUCCUUGCAAGUGAUGAAUAAAACCAGGAGGAUUAUGGAGAAUGGAGGGGCCUCUUUCAUCAAUGCCUUUGUAACUACCCCCAUGUGCUGUCCAUCUCGUUCCUCCAUGCUGACUGGGAAGUAUGUGCACAACCACAACAUCUACACCAACAAUGAAAACUGCUCUUCUCCCUCAUGGCAGGCUACCCACGAGCCUCGCACCUUCGCUGUGUAUCUCAAUAACACUGGGUACAGAACAGCUUUUUUUGGGAAAUACCUCAAUGAAUACAAUGGCAGCUACAUCCCUCCUGGGUGGAGAGAGUGGGUUGGAUUAGUGAAGAACUCUCGCUUCUAUAAUUACACCAUUUCUCGCAAUGGUAACAAAGAGAAGCACGGAUUUGAUUAUGCAAAGGACUACUUCACAGACCUAAUCACUAAUGAGAGCAUUAAUUACUUCAGAAUGUCUAAGAGGAUAUAUCCCCAUAGGCCCAUAAUGAUGGUCAUCAGCCACGCUGCACCCCAUGGCCCCGAGGAUUCUGCACCGCAGUUCUCAGAGCUCUACCCCAACGCUUCACAGCACAUUACUCCCAGCUAUAACUAUGCACCAAACAUGGAUAAACACUGGAUUAUGCAGUACACAGGGCCCAUGCUGCCAAUCCACAUGGAGUUUACCAAUGUCCUGCAGCGAAAAAGACUUCAGACCCUGAUGUCAGUUGAUGACUCUAUGGAAAGAUUACACCAAAUGCUUGCAGAGAUGGGAGAACUGGAGAAUACCUACAUUAUUUACACUGCUGACCAUGGAUACCACAUUGGGCAGUUCGGACUGGUCAAGGGGAAGUCAAUGCCAUAUGACUUUGAUAUUCGAGUUCCUUUCUUUAUUCGUGGUCCAAGUGUGGAGCCGGGAUCAGUUGUGCCUCAGAUAGUUCUGAAUAUUGAUCUUGCUCCAACAAUUCUGGAUAUAGCAGGCCUUGACACACCUCCAGAUAUGGAUGGCAAAUCUGUCCUAAAGCUUCUGGACUUGGAGAGACCUGGAAACAGGUUUCGAACAAACAAGAAGACCAAAAUUUGGCGUGACACAUUUCUAGUGGAAAGAGGCAAAUUUCUACGCAAGAAGGAGGAACCAAACAAAAACACUCAGCAGUCUAAUCAACUACCAAAGUACGAGAGAGUAAAAGAAUUAUGCCAACAAGCAAGAUACCAGACAGCCUGUGAACAACCGGGACAGAAGUGGCAGUGCACAGAGGAUGCUUCUGGCAAGCUUCGAAUUCACAAGUGCAAGGUGUCGAGCGACAUCCUCGCUAUCAGAAAGAGAACGCGCAGCCUCCACUCCCGGGGCUACGGUGGCAAAGACAAAGACUGCAACUGUGGAGACACUGAUUACAGGAACAGCAGGACCCAAAGGAAAAAUCAAAGACAGUUCCUGAGAAACCCUAAUGUGCAAAAAUACAAGCCUCGAUUUGUUCACACUCGCCAAACCCGGUCCUUGUCUGUGGAAUUUGAAGGUGAGAUCUAUGACAUAAAUCUGGAAGAAGAAGAGCUGCAGGUGUUGAAGACCAGAAGUAUCACCAAACGUCACAAUGCUGGAAAUGAGGAGGAAGGAGAGGAAACUGCUCGUGCUGCUCGUGACACUAUGGUUGCUGAUGGCACUGAUGCUUUGGGUCAACCCAGCUCUGUCAGAGUGACACACAAAUGUUUCAUUCUUCCAAAUGACACUAUUCACUGUGAGAGGGAGCUGUACCAGUCUGCCAGAGCCUGGAAGGAUCACAAGGCUUACAUUGAUAAGGAGAUUGAAGCUCUCCAAGACAAAAUUAAGAAUUUGAGGGAGGUUAGAGGCCACCUAAAAAGAAGAAAACCAGAUGAAUGCGAUUGUAGUAAACAGAGCUAUUACAGCAAAGAAAAAGGGGUAAAGGCCCAAGACAAACUCAAGAGCCAUCUUCAUCCCUUCAAAGAAGCAGCACAGGAGGUGGAUGGCAAACUGCAGCUGUUCAAAGAGAACCGGAGAAGGAAGAAGGAGCGGAAGGGAAAAAGGCGCCAGAAGAAGGGAGAUGAGUGUAGCCUUCCCGGGCUGACGUGUUUCACCCAUGACAACAACCACUGGCAAACAGCACCAUUCUGGAACUUGGGCUCUUUCUGUGCUUGCACAAGCUCCAACAACAACACUUACUGGUGUUUGCGAACAGUUAAUGACACCCACAAUUUUCUGUUUUGUGAGUUUGCAACUGGCUUCUUGGAAUAUUUUGAUAUGAACACUGAUCCCUAUCAGCUGACCAAUACAGUUCACACAGUGGAAAGAGGCAUUUUGAAUCAAUUACACGUCCAGCUUAUGGAACUGAGAAGUUGUCAAGGUUACAAGCAGUGUAAUCCAAGGCCAAAGGGACUUGAAACAGGAAAUAAAGAUGGAGGAAGCUAUGAUCCACACAGAGGACAAUUAUGGGAUGGAUGGGAAGGCUAAGCUGCCCAUUUUCACUGGCGACAUUGACUGGCAAGGACUGGAAGACUUGUACAGUGUGAAUGAAAGUGUAUAUGAAUACAGACACAACUUUAGACUUAGUCUGGCUGACUGGACUAAUUACUUGAAGGAUGUAGAUAGAAUGUU